GCGAGGACUAAGCUGUCGCAGUACAUCAGAAGUCUAACCGACGCCGCCAUGGCAAAAGGAAAAAAUCAGAACCCAGCGGAUGCAUUCAGAAAGGCUCAACGAAAGAAAGAACUUAAAAAGAACAAGGCAGAGAGAUCCAAAGCUCGCGACUUUGCUCUAGUCAAGAAGGACACAAGAGAUCUACAAGAUGAAAUCGAGAAGCUUGAGGGAUUGGCAGAGCCCUCCGGCGCAGAGAAAUAUCGCCUGGCAGAACUCAAGGCAGAGCUAAACAAAAUCAUGACUAAGAAAGAGGAAUACGUCCAAGAGCAUCCUGAACAACGUAAACUUGUCUACCGAGUUCGUAGAGACAAGGAUGAGGUCAACAAAGAGGAACCGGUUGCCGAGCAGAAACGAAAUGUUUUCAAUAAACAUGGCUUACCUCGGCAUCCUGAACGAAGCAUCUACUAUGAUGCUAUCAUGAAUCCCUAUGGAGUACCCCCUCCAGGAAUGCCUUACAUGGAGAGACCUCUGAGGCCUGACGAGACAGCCAGUGAUGACGAGGUUGAUGGUGAUGACGACAUCGUUAUGCCUGAAGGUCCUCCUCCAACUGGCAACAACGAUGACAUAGUUGAUAGCGAUGAUGACAUUCCGAUGCCAGAAGGACCUCCACCAAGCACUCUUCAAGAACCACCAUUGCCGCCAAACAUUCCCUUCAGCGGCGCUCCACAUCCCCCACCGCCGCUACCACCUCCUCCGUUUGUUAAUUCUGUCCCUGGUCCCCCGCCUUUUCCGCCAUCUUAUCCCCACCAACAUUCAGCAUUUGGACAUACUUCCCCUCCCAGCUUCCCGCCCGGUGUCUCACCAUACCCUCCUGUAUCCGCGUUCAUGCAACCCCAAAUGCCUCCCCCACCUCCCGGGUUUUUCCCUCGUGUACAGUCUGCUUCGUCCAUGCAAGAUCCGCUUUCUUCUAUUCCUCAUCAAACGUACCAAGCACAUCGUGUCAACCGCCUAACGCCCCAUCCGUCACUUCCCCAAAAACCUCUGCCAGCCCCUGGUGCUGUUCUCUUAGGGAUUGCUGGUAACAAUACAACUACAGCCACGGUUUCGGCCGCGCCUCAAUUACGGGACUUCAAGAAGGAGGCUACGGCAUUCGUUCCGACAUCCCUCAAGCGAAAAAAGCCUGCUACUGGGAUGGCGUCAUCUAAGGUCAACGCAGCCCCUUCUCUCGACGCAGGGUCAGAAUCUUUGGAACCAGCACAAGCUUCGCGACCAGAUCUUGUGAGCUCAUUGAUGGAUAAAUUUGGACCGGUACCUGUAGUUGCAGCAGCCUCUUUGAAUGAAAAAGGUUCUUCGAAGGGCAUGCAGCCCAAUGUUGGGAAGAAAGAUGAUUAUCAGAAAUUUGUGGAGGAGAUGGGUGACAUUUUAGGUACUUCGAAGCCAUGAGGCAUUCGCUGCUUUUAUGUUUUGACGUCCACUCGGAAGGAACAACAGUUUGCUCAGGUGAUUUACCGUGUGGUCUCUUUCAAUAUCUUAAAAAUAUUCAUAAAAAAAUGGCAUAUAAUUCUUUAUCUCCCA